AAAGGGCUCACAUCGCUCACGAACUGCUCCCUCGAACAAUAGUUACCCGUCGGACUUUUCCCACGCCAACUGCAGCUUCUGAAGCAGUGGGUUCAAACGGCACUAAGGCUGGAGAUACGAAGAUAGCAACGGGGGGUCCCGUUUAAAAAAACACCUCGAACAUUCUUCGUCCGGACGUCAUCGGGAGCGGUUCUGCUUCUCUGAGAUAAUUGUAUUUUAUUUCGGAGCAAGUGCAGUUGUCACCCACGCCACCGUCGCCGCUGCAAACCCACCCACCAAUCACGUUAAGCAUAAACAUGGUUCAGAAUAAGAUCCCCGAAGUCACUGGAUUCCAUCGCUCUUUCAAGGGUCAGAACCCUUUCGAGUCCAAUGACUUCUCUAAAACCGACUCGCAUCUCCUCGAAUCAACCUUCAGUUUCGAUUGCCCCACACGACCAGAUAUGCCUUCCAGCCAGCCUAUUGACAUCCCCGACGCCAAAAAGAGGAACAAGAAGAAGAAGAGGUGCCGGGCCACGGACAGUUUCUCUGGACGGUUCGAGGAUGUUUAUCGGCUGCAGGAGGAGAUUCUGGGAGAAGGGGCGUACGCCAGAGUCCAGACCUGUAUUAACCUCAUCACCAAUAAGGAGUACGCGGUCAAGAUCAUCGAUAAGAGGCCGGGACAUAGCCGAAGCCGCGUCUUCAGGGAGGUGGAGAUGCUGUACCAGUGCCAGGGUCACAGAAACAUCCUGGAACUGGUAGAGUUCUUUGAAGAAGAAGAUAAAUUUUAUCUGGUGUUUGAAAAGCUGAGAGGAGGCUCCAUUUUGGCUCACAUCCACAAGAGACGGCACUUUAACGAACAGGAAGCCAGCGUGGUGGUGCAGGACAUCGCCAGUGCGCUCCACUUCCUGCAUAACAAAGGAAUGGCGCACAGAGACCUGAAGCCUGAGAACAUCCUGUGUGAGCAGGAAGACCGGAUCUCGCCCGUGAAGAUUUGUGAUUUCGACCUGGGAAGUGGCAUCAAGCUGAACAGUGACAGCUCUCCCAUCUCCACUCCUGAGCUCCUGACUCCGUGCGGCUCGGCGGAGUACAUGGCCCCGGAGGUGGUGGAGGCGUUCAGCGAGGAGGCCAGCAUGUACGAUAAGCGCUGUGACCUGUGGAGCCUGGGCGUCAUCCUCUACAUCAUGCUGAGCGGCUACCCGCCCUUCGUGGGGCGCUGCGGGGACGACUGCGGCUGGGAGUGGGGCCAGCCCUGCCACGCCUGCCAGAACAUGCUGUUCGAGAGCAUCCAGGAGGGGAAGUACGAGUUCCCCGAGAAGGACUGGGCUCACAUCUCCCCCAGUGCCAAAGACCUCAUCUCCAAACUGCUGGUGCGGGACGCCAAGAACCGGCUGAGCGCGGCCCAGGUGCUGCAGCACCCCUGGGUGCAGGGGGGGGCUCCCAACACCUCCCCGACGUCUAUACUACUGCAGAGGAACAGCAACGUGAAGGACCUGGGCGUGUUCGCGGGCCAGGCGGUGGCAGUGAACCGGCAGCUGGCGGAGCGGGAGGAGGAGGAGCAGCAGCAGGCCCCGCCCGUGGUGGUGGCGGCGGCCCCCUCCUGCUCCGUGCGCCUCUCCCCGCCCUCGGGCUCCCGGCUGGCCCGCCGCCGGCAGAGGAGCAGCCUCCUGAAGGGGGCGCCGGUGUCCGCCUCCGAGCUCCGCCAGCUCCUCGCUCCCCUGGUCAUCGUGGGGGACUGUGCCUGAGCAAUCGCCUAAACCCCCUCCCCCUCAGGAUUCCCCCCCCCUCCCCAAAUGAGCUCCCCGUCUCCCCAACACCCCCUCCCAACUGGCUUCUCAGUCACACCCAAGGACCCCCCCCCUUGCACCCCCCCCCAAUUCUGCAAUU